UUACAAAUUUAUAGGCUUUUUAUUCUUUUAUAUAUAUAUAGCUCCAUUUAAAGAAUUAGGGAUAUUAUGGUUAGAGUUAUGGCUAGAAGAACAAUGAAUUAUCGGAUUUUAACGUGCGAUAAAUCGGAAAUAGUGACAUUUUCCGGCGAUCCCAUAUCGAUAAAUAUUUCCGAUACUAUUUUUGGAUUUCUCAAUGAUGAAAUGCCGGAGAAUAUUCAUCUCGAUUUUCGUGCCAAAAAUGAGGAUGAUGAUAAUGAUGACGACGACGAUGAAGAAAAAGAAGAAUCUGAAAAUGUUGAAGAUAAUCAAUUUUGGGAAACUCAACAACAACUUUUACAAGGUGUACUAUACCGGACUACUUCCUUAGAAUCACAAAUUCGAAGCAUUACAAAAGAGACGGUAAAAGAAGGACAUGAAAUUAUAUGUAGUUGCCGGAGAACGGCGGACGAAGGCUGCAAAACCUGCCUCAUGAAGGAGGUUUGCAGCCGUCUGCAAAUUGCAGGGUUUAACUCUACAAUUUGCAAGUCCAAGUGGAAGAAUUCUUCAGAUAUUCCAUCAGGUGAACAUACAUUCAUAGAUGUGAUCGACUCGUCAAAUCCUAAAAAAAGAGAAGUAAGAGUUAUCAUCGAGCUAAAUUUUCGAGCUGAAUUCGAGAUGGCACGAGCAUGUGAAGAAUACAACCGAUUAGUGAAAAAUUUACCGGAAGUAUUCAUCGGGAAAAUCGAGAGAUUACUAUCGUUGAUCAAGAUUUUGUGCGCGGCAGCCAAGAAAUGCAUGAAGGAUAAGAAAAUGCACAUUGGGCCGUGGCGUAAACAAAAAUACAUGCAAGCAAAAUGGCUCAAAACACGUGAACGUGUGGAGGCGGCCAAGCUAACGUACUCAUCCAUAACUGACGAGUAUUCUAGCCGGCCGCCUCCACAGCCGAGGGCGUCAAUGCUCACGAUCCAUUUGUUGGAAAAUUUGCCAAGUUUACAUCUCAUUACGGCAGUUGAAGUAGUGUGAAGUUUUGAAAGAGAGAUAUUAGUAGUAUAUAAGUUACAUAAUUGAUGUAUACAAUUGGAAUAUUUUUUAACUAUAUUUUAUUGCUAUAAUUGUAUUUUGUUCUUUUUCUUUAGGCUUUGUUUUAAGAGAGAGUUCGAGUAGAGGUUAUUGCGUUAUAAUCUAUAGUGGUGGAAUGAAUAAGAUAUCUUCGCCUUUUAACUAGAGGUCUUGGAUUCAAGCCUAAGUAUA